CCGCUUCCGGCGCGCCUCCCCCCCCGCGGCCGCCAUGUCGGUGUUCCACGAUGAGGUGGAGAUUGAGGACUUCGAGUACGAUGAGGAGACCGAGACCUACAGCUACCCGUGCCCCUGCGGGGACCGCUUCCUCAUCACGCGGGAGGACCUGGAGAACGGCGAGGACGUGGCCACCUGCCCCAGCUGCUCCCUGAUCCUGCGCGUCAUUUACGAUCAGGAGCAGUUCAUGCGUGAUGAAGUCAUUGCAGAACCUCUGCCAAACAAGGAAUUGAUAAAGUGCUGAUGGACAUCGUGAACUGUUACUGCUUUAGCAUAAGAAAGUAUCGGGAUGGCAACUGCAGAAAGAGACAUGGUUUUCCUCCUGGAAGUGCUCGCUGCUGUAAAAUACAAGUGCAAUAACUGUCUGUCUUCAUAAUUUGAAUAAGAAUGUUUUGGGACAUAAAGCACGUGAAUGGCUUUUGUUCAAAGGGGUUUUACAUUUUAAAAAUAUAUGAGCUGCCAUACGUAUUCCAGAAUACUUGAGGGUUAUGAUUGAAUUAUGACAGCAAGUCAA